AUGGAUUCUAACGAACUUUUUCCUAUUAAUUUUCAAGACACUUCCGAUAGCGAUACUGCUUGUUCGAGUGCAAAUGUUACCCCUCUUUCUGUCCCUCUUUCUGUAAAUACAAAAAAUAAAAAACCGUCUCUAGUUACGCCCUAUUUUAUUAAAAAAUCAAACGAUGAUAGUGUAGUUGCUUGUGUUAUUUGUAAAAAUACAUUCAGCAAAAAAACAGCUACAGGUAAUUUGCGCAAACAUCUUGAUUCACAACAUCCGGGUUGGAAUAUAAUCGAGCUUUUUGCACUUACCAAUACAAUUUCAGCACAAAGUUUGACAACUGAUCAAAAGGCUCGAUUUAAUACUUUAUUAGCUGAAUGGAUUGUUUCAGAUACUUUACCUUUCUCAACCGUUAAAAGCAAAGCAUUAAUUGCUUUGUUACGAUAUCUUAAUGCAAGUCUUGAGUUACCUUUGCAUGGAGAUGUUCAGGCCCUUUUUGGGCAAAUUUCUAGCCGAAUUUCAAUAACAUUGGAUAUUUGGACCUCCCGUGCAACAUACCGUUUCUUGGUGUUACAGCACAUUAAAUCGACAGUAAUUGGGACCUUAAAAAAAAUUUUAAUCGAUAUUCGAAUGCUUCCACACCCGCAUACCGGUGAGGAUAUUGAAAUUCAAUUAAGAUCGAUUUUAGAUACUUUUGAUAUUACUAUGAAGUCUUCCAUGAUUACUCAAGAUUUUAAAGAAAUUGGUCUGUCCGUUGGUGAAGAUGAAGCAGUUCACAAAAUUCCACAAAAUGUAUCAACUAGUAAUCUUGCUCAAUACAAGCUUACAGAACAAGAAGAUUUUGACCUUCAGGCUGUAAUCCGGUUUUUACGACCAUUUUAUGAAACUACAAAUACGCUCUCUGGUAGCACAUAUGUAACAUUUGGUCUUUCUAUUUUAUUGAUAGAUGACAUUGUUGAUAUUAUUACAUCAUGUAUUCAAGAUUCAUCCAGCCCCCUAUUUCUAAAAACCGCUGCAACCCAAAUGUCGAAAAAGGUCAAACAAUAUAUGGUUCAUAUAUAUAAUAAAGCAGCCUUUAUGGCUUCAAUUCUCGAUCCUCGAAUCAAACUGGAAUUAAUUCCGGUUGAUAUGAAUACUCUAGAAAAUCAAAAUUUUUUUAAUCAAAUUUUUCAGGAGUAUUUGUCAAAUAAUUUAUCCACAAAUUUAGCUAUCGAAAACGUAUUAACUAUGACAAUAUAUGCAGAACAAGUAGCUCAAAAGCGACGACGGGUUAAUGCUUUUAACACAAUGAAUGAGGUUACUCAAUAUUUAAAUGAAGCCACCUUACCAAUGAGCAUUAAUCCCUUGGAGUGGUAG